GAUGAAAAUAAAAUUCGGCGAAGAACAUUUAUACAUCGACCCAAGUUUUGUACAAAUUAAGGAUUCUGUUAGUUCACGCAAAUUUUUAAAAGUGAAAAACUCCGAUAUAAAUUUGAAUCCUUCGACUCUAUUAGACGAAAGAACACUUAAUCUAGUGUCACCUUACCAACUACCAUCGCAUGAAGAUUUGAAUUACAAAUCUACAGAGAAAAUAUCUGAGAAAGAUCAUCCAGAUAACAAGCAAACACUUUUCCGCAAUCAAAGACAGAGUAAUGCUUAUGAUACUAGAGAAGGGACGAAUGAAAUUGAUGAAAUAAACGUGGUUAGUCGCAGAAGUUAUGAUCAAGUGAGCAAACAAGAAACUACAUACAAGAUAGAUUCUGAUGAAGUGGAACAAGAUGACAAAAUUGAGGAAGAUAAUGACGACAAUGAGUUUGACUAUAACAAUUCAUCUGAAAUAAAACUUGGUGACGCGGAUACCACUGACUAUCCAUCCGAAUCACCCGGUGAACCUGUUUCUGUGAAUCAACAACCGUCAUCUGUUCAGUCACAUCACGUUGAAAUGAAGGUGUCUGGAACCGAACAUGUGGAAAACCAUGUACCGAUACGACCACCGACUGUCUCACCUGAUACUGAUAAGGAGUUGAAGGAGGAUGUUUCGAGUAGAUCUGAACAGGGUGAACGUGUUUCUGUGAAUCAACAACCGUCAUCUGUUCAGCCACAUCACGUUGAAAUGAAGGUGUCUGGAACCGAACAUAUGGAAAACCAUGUACCGAUACGACCACCGACUGUCUCACCUGAUACUGAUAAGGAGUUGAAGGAGGAUGUUUCGAGUAGAUCUGAACAGGGUGAACGUGUUUCUGUGAAUCAUCAACCGUCAUCUGUUCAGUCAAAUCACGUUGAAAUGAAGGUGUCUGGAACCGAACAUGUGGAAAACCAUGUACCGAUACGACCACCGACUGUCUCACCUGAUACUGAUAAGGAGUUGAAGGAGGAUGUUUCGAGUAGAUCUGAACAGGGUGAACGUGUUUCUGUGAAUCAUCAACCGUCAUCUGUUCAGCCACAUCACGUUGAAAUGAAGGUGUCUGGAACCGAACAUGUGGAAAACCAUGUACCGAUACGACCACCGACUGUCUCACCUGAUACUGAUAAGGAGUUGAAGGAGGAUGUUUCGAGUAGAUCUGAACAGGGUGAACGUGUUUCUGUGAAUCAUCAACCGUCAUCUGUUCAGUCAAAUCACGUUGAAAUGAAGGUGUCUGGAACCGAACAUGUGGAAAACCAUGUACCGAUACGACCACCGACUGUCUCACCUGAUACUGAUAAGGAGUUGAAGGAGGAUGUUUCGAGUAGAUCUGAACAGGGUGAACGUGUUUCUGUGAAUCAACAACCGUCAUCUGUUCAGCCACAUCACGUUGAAAUGAAGGUGUCUGGAACCGAACAUGUGGAAAACCAUGUACCGAUACGACCACCGACUGUCUCACCUGAUACUGAUAAGGAGUUGAAGGAGGAUGUUUCGAGUAGAUCUGAACAGGGUGAACGUGUUUCUGUGAAUCAACAACCGUCAUCUGUUCAGCCACAUCACGUUGAAAUGAAGGUGUCUGGAACCGAACAUGUGGAAAACCAUGUACCGAUACGACCACCGACUGUCUCACCUGAUACUGAUAAGGAGUUGAAGGAGGAUGUUUCGAGUAGAUCUGAACAGGGUGAACGUGUUUCUGUGAAUCAACAACCGUCAUCUGUUCAGCCACAUCACGUUGAAAUGAAGGUGUCUGGAACCGAAAAUGUGGAAAACCAUGUACCGAUACGACCACCGACUGUCUCACCUGAUACUGAUAAGGAGUUGAAGGAGGAUGUUUCGAGUAGAUCUGAACAGGGUGAACGUGUUUCUGUGAAUCAACAACCGUCAUCUGUUCAGCCACAUCACGUUGAAAUGAAGGUGUCUGGAACCGAACAUGUGGAAAACCAUGUACCGAUACGACCACCGACUGUCUCAUCUGAUACUGAUAAGGAGUUGAAGGAGGAUGUUUCGAGUAGAUCUGAACAGGGUGAACGUGUUUCUGUGAAUCAACAACCGUCAUCUGUUCAGCCACAUCACGUUGAAAUGAAGGUGUCUGGAACCGAACAUGUGGAAAACCAUGUACCGAUACGACCACCGACUGUCUCAUCUGAUACUGAUAAGGAGUUGAAGGAGGAUGUUUCGAGUAGAUCUGAACAGGGUGAACGUGUUUCUGUGAAUCAACAACCGUCAUCUGUUCAGCCACAUCACGUUGAAAUGAAGGUGUCUGGAACCGAACAUGUGGAAAACCAUGUACCGAUACGACCACCGACUGUCUCACCUGAUACUGAUAAGGAGUUGAAGGAGGAUGUUUCGAGUAGAUCUGAACAGGGUGAACGUGUUUCUGUGAAUCAACAACCGUCAUCUGUUCAGCCACAUCACGUUGAAAUGAAGGUGUCUGGAACCGAACAUAUGGAAAACCAUGUACCGAUACGACCACCGACUGUCUCACCUGAUACUGAUAAGGAGUUGAAGGAGGAUGUUUCGAGUAGAUCUGAACAGGGUGAACGUGUUUCUGUGAAUCAACAACCGUCAUCUGUUCAGCCACAUCACGUUGAAAUGAAGGUGUCUGGAACCGAACAUGUGGAAAACCAUGUACCGAUACGACCACCGACUGUCUCACCUGAUACUGAUAAGGAGUUGAAGGAGGAUGUUUCGAGUAGAUCUGAACAGGGUGAACGUGUUUCUGUGAAUCAUCAACCGUCAUCUGUUCAGUCAAAUCACGUUGAAAUGAAGGUGUCUGGAACCGAACAUGUGGAAAACCAUGUACCGAUACGACCACCGACUGUCUCACCUGAUACUGAUAAGGAGUUGAAGGAGGAUGUUUCGAGUAGAUCUGAACAGGGUGAACGUGUUUCUGUGAAUCAUCAACCGUCAUCUGUUCAGCCACAUCACGUUGAAAUGAAGGUGUCUGGAACCGAACAUGUGGAAAACCAUGUACCGAUACGACCACCGACUGUCUCACCUGAUACUGAUAAGGAGUUGAAGGAGGAUGUUUCGAGUAGAUCUGAACAGGGUGAACGUGUUUCUGUGAAUCAUCAACCGUCAUCUGUUCAGCCACAUCACGUUGAAAUGAAGGUGUCUGGAACCGAACAUGUGGAAAACCAUGUACCGAUACGACCACCGACUGUCUCACCUGAUACUGAUAAGGAGUUGAAGGAGGAUGUUUCGAGUAGAUCUGAACAGGGUGAACGUGUUUCUGUGAAUCAACAACCGUCAUCUGUUCAGCCACAUCACGUUGAAAUGAAGGUGUCUGGAACCGAACAUGUGGAAAACCAUGUACCGAUACGACCACCGACUGUCUCACCUGAUACUGAUAAGGAGUCAAAUGUGGAUGUUUCACAAGUUUCAUAUUCCACCUCGUCAAGCGACCUUUUGGACAAUGUUAAUCAUAUAGAAUCUAAUAUGUCAAAUUCACAUUUUUCAUUGCAUGAUCGUAAACAAGGAGUCAUCACCAGUGAUCUCGUCGGUGUUCAAGAUAUUGGAAUAAUUUAUUCUUCAGAUGUAAAUAGCUCUACUCUUUCAUCCGUUUCACGAAAAAUGUCUGAGGAUCAAAUUAUUUUCGAUCAUCACAGUGUUCCCGUUCGCUUAGGUUUGAUACAAUGUAUAUACUGGGCAGCAAACGCUAGUUUUGAUAAAACAUAUUCUAAAACUGUUAGAUCACCUUUUUCGCGCUUCUUAGUCAAUGGAUUUAGGUACUUCUUUGCAGCUGCUAACGUUUCUCUGCAGUAUUUACCAGAAAACAUUAUUUCCAAUUUAGAUAAUUUUUUGCUUGAAACAUUUUCUUUAUCAGUAAAUUUCAUUAUUGCUUGGAUGAUUUUUAUAUUUCACUUAAUUUUUAUGUGGAAUCUAAGUAAAGGCGUACAUUUCCUUCUAUCUAAAUACAUCUUUUCUGAAAAAUACACAUCUCCAUCUCUCGUAGAGUAUCUAAAACUUGAGGAGUAUAGCAUUCAACUAGCUAGCCAACUUUCAGAUACGGAAGAAUCUAAUUCUCAUUUAUCUAAAUGGGCUAAUUCACUUUCAUCCAGUCUUCAAAAUCUACAGGAAGAAUAUACUUCCAAAUUAUCUGAAAUGACAUUAUCUAUGGAUGAUUCACGGGAAUCUUUCAUACGUGCUCAAUCGGAGUUGAAUCAUUUAAAAAAUACUCAUAAUUCACUGGAACAAAACUUACGUUUGAAGUUAACUGAUAAAGAAGAAGUCAUUCAUGAAUUAAACUCAGAAAUUAAUCGUCUGAAACAAUUACACUCUGAAAAUGAUGAUAAAUGGAAGAAAAGUCUUUUAGAUCUAGAAGAAAGUAACCGUAAGUCAAUAGAAGAAUUGAAAGAGGAACAAGAACAGUUAUAUUCUCAAGCUAAUUUAUAUUAUAAUCGCAUGAAGACGAUGCAAUCAGAGGUCGACAAAAUUUUAGAAUCUAGAAAAGCAUCUGAGGAAAAGUUACUGAUUAAAGAAGCAGAAUUUCAAAGUUUGCUUGCUACUUUUAAUACGCUUAAAGGUCUUGAGGUGAUUUUUGAACAGGAAUCUUCCUCAAAACAGGAAACAAAUGAUAUGGAAGAACGUGAAGUAACCACCACUGACAAUCUAUCUAAUGUUAGUCGCACGUUAGAGGAUGACGUGGAGAUUAGCGAUAAGUCAAGCAUUAUUUCCGAAAGUGCUUUGUGUGAUUUAAAUGAAGUCGAUGAAAAGAUUACAGAAAAAUCUAGAUUACAGAAGAAUUUAUCAUUGCUCUUAGAUGUUGGUCGUUUGCAUGCUCAAAUCAGACUUAAGGAUGAACAAAUUAAAGCUGAAGAGUCUAAAGCAAAAAAUGAACAUGAUCUUCGAGUUGAAGUUGAAUCCAAAAUGGAAGAGAUAGAAAGAGAGAAUUCAGCCCUUAAAGCCAAUUUAAUUCAUAUUGAACAAGAAAGAAAUGCUUAUCAAACAAAGCUUGAUAUUUUAUCCUGUUAUUUUAAAGAACGUGAACUUGAACUGCAAAGGGAUUUAGGUAAGCAUGUCGUAGUUGGUUCAGAAUCUUCCGAAGCCCUUAUGCACAGUCGAAAGCGUAAUCAAGAGCUUGAGGGGAAGUUAAAGUAUUACGAGAUCAAAUGGCAGCUUUACGUCGAGAGCUAGUGGAAACUGAAAGAACUAGUAGGCGUCAAAUAUCGGAGUUAGAUAAGCGUUCUCAUGAAAAUUGGUUAGCAGCUCGUGCGUCUGACCACCAAAUUCAAGAUCUACGUGAAGAAAACUUCAGUUUGCGACAAAAGCUCAUUGAAUCAGAGAACAAUGCAUUACGAUCGUCAAUGCGCACCAUCCCGGAAAAAAUAAAUAGUUCAUCUCGUGAGAAAAUUAUGAACAUUUUCACAAGACCUAUUUUACCACUAGAAUUUAUGAAAAAUCCAAGCUUAAGAGAUGUACGCUCUCAAUCAAGGAAUUCUCUAACAAAUUUAACAUCACAACGCCCAGUAGCAGAACCUAAUCCAUUCCCAUUCAUUUCAACACCACCCGAGGAACAAUGCCUUUUUCAGGUGGACUUCAAAGAGAUGUCAUACCAACACCAACAAGGCCUCUUUUGCCAGGAUUUCCUCCAGUGCAAAUGAGUUUCCCGUCAGCAUUUUUAGCUCCCCCAUUCGCGCCCGUCAUGAAAGCGAUGACUGACCAAAAUAAUAAACAAAAUAGUUCCCCUUCUUCUGUAAGCAGUUCACUAAAGUGAUUUUAGAUCUAUAACGCUUUGUUCAGUAUGUGGUUUUUCUUGCAUUUUAAUCUUCCGUUCUCUACGUUCCGAUUGUUUCGUUGUGGUAUCAUUCUUUAGGUUAUUUUGAAUCAGGCUGUAAAGUGAUAAUAUUUUUACAUUUGGUCUUUUGUCCAGAUAUUAUAUUUCAGAUUACAUAUAUCAAGAAUAAUAUUUUAAACAUUAGUUGGUUAUUGCACAAAAAAAUCUUUUAUUCUGUGUUCGUACUUACGAAAAUGUUUCUGUUUGUUAUUUAUUACUCCGAUAUUACUUUAUGUGUUUAUACUGAACCAUUUUUGUUUUUGGUGAAUAAUGGUUCUGGAGUCAUUCGCUUUAUUAAAGAAAAUGUUCUAAAUUAGUGAAAAGUAUGUAUUUUUGUCAUUUCAUUAUCUAUUGUCUACCAACUGUCCUAAAGUAAUAUUACUGAAUUGUUUGAGUUCAUUGAAAAUAAUUAUUUGGUUUAUAUCUC